AAUUCCUCCUUUAUUCAUCUAAUAAAAAUCUUUUGCGGGGAAAAUUUAAAUCCUAUAACAAUGUACUCUUCAUCAUCUGUAUCUAAAUGCUCCGUUUCGGUCCAUAUCUUGGCUAUGGUGGCCAUACAACUACUCUUUAUACGCAGUGGUUUGUCCUUGAAUCAGACUAAUGCAUACCUGCACCAUAAAUGCAUCAAUAGUCAAGGGACAUACAAGUCGAGAAGUCCUUACGAGGAAAGUCUCAACCGUGUUGUCCGUUCCAUCUCUACGGGCAAUCUUCGUAGUGGUUUCGCCCACGUCUCCAAUGGUGACGCUCCCAAUACCGUCUAUGUAAAGCUCCAAUGCCGGGGUGACUCUUACUGGUCCAAGUGCCGUUCUUGCCUCGCCACCGCCUUUUCUGGGCUUCGAAAUAGAUGUCCCAAAAAGAAAGGGGGAAUAAUCUGGUAUGACAACUGUCUUCUCGAGAUUUCUUCCAUCGAUACCCUAGGCAACAUUGACUACAAGAACGAUUUUUAUAUGUACAACGCGAAGGAUGUGAGCGGUGAUAUUGAGUCGUUUAACAAGAAUACGCGGGCUCUCCUCAAUAAGCUGAAGGAGAAAGCCACUAGUAAUGAAACCAAUGCCGGAAGGGAAUACAUUGUGUAUGCGGUGGGAGAGCAAAGGCUCGGGCCUAUGAAGUUGUACGCAAUGGUGCAAUGUACGAAGGACUUAUCGAGUGACGGUUGCAAUGAAUGUUUGAAUUAUAUUUUGUCGAAGCUUCCCAAAUGCUGCAACGGUAAACAAGGGGGAAGAGUUCUGAGUACGAGUUGUAAUUUUAGGUAUGAGCUUUACCCUUUUGUGAAGACUUGAGACUGUUUGAUGAGAGCCCCAUAUUUAUAUUGUUGUUUUGUUUGAAUAAGUGUUUUGAGCAAAU